UGCCCGAGGCGGCCACUCAACGGCUGGCGGGGGCGGGACGCCGCCGUGACGUCAGGGCGAGGCUGCCGCAGCAGCCUCGGCGGGUGACCAUGUCCUUAGAUCGGAGGCGGUCUCCAUGCCGAGCGUCGCAGUCAUCAGUAGUUACCAGUGUCCAUUGAUGCCUGGUAGCGCUCAGGCCCACGGUCCCCUAUGAAUCCAUCAGUGCCACGUUCUGCUCCGCCCCAGAACAGUAACCCAGGCCUUGAGAACAGCACCAUUGAGAAGCAGAGGCAAGAGCUGCAGUUUUUAAUUGCAGAACUGAAAGACCGUGAUAAGGAACUUGAUGACAUGGUCGCAGUUCAUCAGAGACAGCUUCUAGCCUGGGAAGAUGAUCGGCAGAAAAUACUGACUUUAGCAGAGCGGUGCAACUUACUAAACAAUGAGCUGAACAAGAGGAAUGAGAUUAUCAAAUCACUGACCAGAAGGUUAAAGUUCUUAGAAUCUCAGCAGAGUGACAGUAAGGCAACACUUGAAAGCACACAGCAGAAGUUCAGAGAGCUGUCACAGAAAGUGACAGAUGCAACUGCUCACUGUCAGGCUCUGGAGGAGAAAAAUCAAAGUCUUCACUGCUCAGUUUUGGAACUGUCUGCUAAAACAGGCCAGCUACAAGCAAGAGAACAGGAGCUACUUACUAUGCUUAAGCUGAAGGACAAGGCUAUACUUGAAACAACUGAUCACAUCAUUGACUUUACAUCUAAGUUCAAAAUGGUGGAAAGUGCAUUGCGUGCGGCAAGGAUGGAGCAAUUCAGUCUCAACAAAGAAAAGCAAGACCUCAAACUUAGACUAAAAGAACUAGUACUUGAAGCAAAUAAGCUGAAAGAUGACUUCUGUGAAAAGGUGAAAGAAAAUCAUAAGCAGCAGGAGGAAAUAAUUCACCUCAAACAGGAAAACGGCUGCUUGAGGAACGAGCUUGCACUUGCUGUUGAGAAAGCAAAGAGACAGGAUCAACUUCUGCAGUUUGCAAAGUCUAAACAAGCGCGGACCGACACAGAGCUAUCAGGUUUGCGAAAGAUCUAUGUAAAACAGCAGCGUGACUUGCAGUUUCUUCAUGUCAGUUUGGAGAGCUCUCAGGAAUUAAGGCAGAAGCAUGAAAAGGCAGCACAUGAAAGGAGUGGAGAAAACGUGGAUCUGAAUUCCUUUCACUUGGAUUCUCCCUGUUUGACAUCCACCCAGAAAGGAGACAGGCCUCAAAGAUGGGAGAAAUUCUGUGAUGAAGAAUUCACUCUGGAGAUCAAAAGCUUUUCAGUGACUGAGCCAACAAACAGAUGCUGCAACACCGCCAUGGACCGAGACACCAGUUCUCCCAUAAGUAAGCUGCAGCAUGCGCUGGCUGAGUCUCGACAGAUGGUUGCUGAUCUGGAGCUUAGCACUCUCCUCCAGGCGAGCCCUCACUGCAGUCCAAACAGCAGCAACAUUAACACGACAACAGAACUUGCAGAAGGUCUUCACAGAACCCAGUUAUCUGCUGCAGAAGAAGGAGGUGCUAAGCUCCCAUUCUUUUCUCUGUGAUGUUCUGCGAGUAUGAAGGUAUUUUCAUCUUGAUCUUCUUAACUGGAGUUUUCUGUUCCUCUUUAUAAAUGCACCUCCAAUAUUAAUAUAAGUUAUGGACUUCUGAGAUGAGCCUGGCACAAGAUUCUCAGUGGGCUGCUCUAAAUGCAUUUCGAAUAAAACUCCUGUGAGUUAACAGCAAACAGAUAGUAAGGCAACAAGUAAUCCCUUUAGUCAAAUAAACUUUUCUCAAUCACUUUCCUCAUCCUCUGGGCAGUCAGAUCUUGCAGCAUAAUUCCUGAGUACCUACACACUGCUUAUUGUAGUUAAAAAUCCUUCUGUGUGUUACAGAUAAAGGGAUCAAGGAUGUGAACAUUGUAAAGGAGAGACUGGGAAGUGUUUUCCAGUGCCAUGGCCAAGGGCUGUUUUAGCAUAUUGUUCCUGGGCUCAGAGCUCCAGAAGCAGAAUGUGUUGAAUAGAGCUGCAUACAAAAAGCAGCCUUGCCCAUAGCUGAUUGUUUUUUCUUCUUGAAUCAGGAAAUUUCUCACUCUCUGAUUAUUUGUUUUACUGAUGUGAAUUGGAUCCUUGCAGUAGGCACCGUGUUGUCUGGUUCUGAGGACAAAUGAGUAACCAGAUAUGGGUAAAAUACUGAACACCACGUGAAAAUGAAUAAGAACUAGCAACAAUGGGGAGAAAAUGGACAAAAAAAGAAGUCUUCCAGUGCUGACACAACCCAAGCCAAGGGGAGUUACUGCACAACAAGCAGAGUAUGCAGCUCUGUGGCACUGGAUUUCUUACACUGAGUACCUUUAAUCUCAUGGAGAGCUGGUGCCCAGUUCUCUCUUGGUACACUGAAAGUGCAGUCCCUGAGCUGUCUCUCUCCUAUGGAGCCAAACCCUCUGUGUGCUGGCUUGUAGCACCCGCAUGUUCUGCUGUUGCUGCAAUAAGUCUGGAGACACUGAGUCUUCUUCCAAAGUGAGUUGGGUCUGCUUAGUGCACGUUAAUGGGGCUCUUGUGGGAAAUGGAUGCUGAGUAGCUGGAAUGCUGUACCUUACUCUGCACAAUGUUCCUGUGUGGAGAGCUCUUCCUUUCCUGAAAAGAGCCCUCAGGUAAAAGAAGCUGGAGGUUUUAUGGAUGCAGGCCAGCACUGUGACUUGCAUCCUGAAACUACUGCAGUUGGAAAGUUUCAGGAGCAAAUCCCCCAAACUGCUGAGGCAGCAGAGGGGGAGCAGACGCUGAGCCUACAGAAACGAGUUCAUUUGCCUCAAGUGAGAGAGGUCUGGUGCAACAAACGGACCCACAAUUCACUGUGGAGCCACGACAAGAAGUAGUGACUCUGCAGGUCACUGGCUGCUGCAUAAUUCUGGUUUCCUCCUUUUAUUAAAAGGCACUGGAUCACUGUGAUUGAUUUGGUCCAAAGCAGCUUUUAGAGUUGAUAGCAGGUCCAGAAAUAACUAAAUAUUUGGCCAUUUCACAUAGGGAAGUGAUAGAAUUGAUGUGCACUGGGUUUGGGGGUGGUUUUUAAUAGCUUUGCAAUCAUCUGAGUGCAGGUGCACUGACAUUGGGUUAAUUUCCUGACUCGCUGGGGGGGAUUUGUCCAUUUCCAUGAGUGGGUUGUUUUCCUUUAGGGAGAGAGUGUUUGGGGGAGAGUUGACCAACAAAGCAGUGAGUGAAAGGGGACAUUCAGUUUUGGACAAGGUCGUGAGUGCCACUGCUCAGGGGUGGUGACGCAGUGGUUGACUGAGGGCACAAAGAUUGAUCCCUCUGCAAAACAAAUGGGAAAGGUUUCUAUUUCCCAACAUUGCAGCAGUGUCCCAAGACCGCUGUCAUGAAAUGCUUUGGUUACCUUUCCUCCUCUUUAUAUGUGUACACUGGUUUUAGGUUGCUUACAGCAUGAAAUUCUCUAUAGUAAACUGACAGAUACGUGAGCACUUCUUCUAUUUUAAAGGAAAUGUUCCUGAAACUUAACAAAAACCUUCCAUUUUCUGCAGCAGAUGAAGACCUUUCCAGUACAGAAUUAACUUGGAGACCUGAAGAUCACCAACCCAUCAGCUGCGAUGGAAAGUUACCUCAUUAUUUUCCCAUGCUUCUUUGGAGUGAAAGCCUCACAAAGAGAUGUGGGGAUGUGUUUUAUCUUGAAAUAAAACAUAGACUAACGCCAAGCUCAACAAAACUAUUUUUAUAGCUGAGAGCUCAGGUUAAACACUGGCUUGGGUUUGAAGAAUCUCAAGUGCGUAAUUGUUACAACACAGGAACUAUUUUUCUUACUCCUUUUUUUAUGGUGGCUCAGAAAUAUUUAUAGCUUAUGACACAGCCAAAUGUUCCUUUUUUUUUAUAGCUGAUUGUUUUAGCUCUGGACUUGUGGCCAUGUAGAGGGAGAUGAAUAAUGUUUAUAGGAAGUUCCCAAUUAGUGCUGUAGCCAGGAACUGCUCCUGCGUGGUUGGAAGAGGACAGUUGUCACCCAUGAGACGGGCACAGCACCGCUUCCAUUGGACACUGCUUGUUCUACCAGAAGCUUGUGACAAGAUGGGGUGUGUCCAGUGUGGUGGGACUGGGGUUUUGGCUUUAAACUGGUUUUUAAUCCUUGGCUAUUGGGCAAGAUGUAUUCCAUUACCACAAUAUGAACUUGUUUUUUAACUAAAAGAUCAAAUAAGCAAAUAGAGGUGGCACCUUUGCUGUA